GCACUUAAACAACCCAACGCAGCUGGGGGCUUAGUCUGGUUUUAGAAAGCCAGUUCCUGAUGGCUAGUGUAGGAUGUGACUAUGACAGAAGUUUUGUACAGUAGCAGCUCUGGGCAUCCAGCCAGCUGGUGACACCUAUACAAGAACCGCCCCUUACCAGACAACUUCCUCAGUAAACAUGUUGCUGUUUGAAGGGGCAAAUCCCUCCUGCGAGGAAACAGCAGAAUCGCGCCGGCUGCCUGGCUUGGUUCGACGCGCAGGAUGAUGUCUCCCAGAGCCCUGCUGCCGUGUCUCCAGGGCCUGCUGCUGCUGCUGGGCAGCUUUGCCCAGGCCUGUCCGCCCCCCUGCCAGUGCUACGACGGAACAAAGGUGUUCUGCUCCGGGGAGGAGAUCUGGGGCAUCCCCGAGGGCCUGCCGGGCAAUGCCACUCAGCUCUUCUUCGUGGAGACCUCCCUCACCGCCGUCGGGAGCGGGGCCUUCGGCAACUGCAGCAGCCUCGCCAGGCUGGUUUUCCUGAACAACCCGGGCCUGGCCCUGGAAGCGGGCGCCUUUGGGGAGCGGUCCAGCCUCGCCGAGCUCGAGGUCUCAGGCAGCAAUUUGUCAGCCCUGAGCAGCGCGGCCUUCGGCAGCCUGCUGGAGCUGCGCAAUCUCUUCCUCACCUUCAGCGCCCUCCGAGCCCUGGAGCCAGGGCUCUUCAACCGCACGCCCAGCCUGGAAGCGCUUCACUUGCAAGGGAACCAGAUAGAGACCCUGCCCCCCACGGUCUUUUCCCCGCUGAGGGAGCUGAGGGUGCUCGACCUGUCUCACAACCCCUUGGCCCCGGUGCCUGACAGGCUGUUCGACCCGCUCGCCCUGCUCCAAGUGCUGAAGCUGAGCAACAUCAGCCUCACCCGCCUCCCGCUUGGCAUCUUCCGGCCCCUGAGGAGCCUCAAAGAGCUCUCCCUGGAUAGGAACGCGCUGGCGGAUCUGCCUCCAGGAGCCUUCUCUGGGCUCUCCCGCCUGCAGAGACUGGAGCUCCAGCACAACGCCCUCACGAGCCUGCGCUCCUGCAUCUUCUCCUGCCUGUCGAACCUGGACGUCCUAAACCUGGAGGGCAACCGCCUCUCUGCACUCCCUGCCGGCCUGCUCCGGGGCACGCCCAAGCUGGGCCAGCUCUUCGCCGCCUCCAACCGGCUUGAGACCAUCCCUGAGGGGAUCUUCAGCAACCUGCUCCAGCUGCAGACCAUCGUGCUCUCGCACAACCAGCUCACUCACCUGCCCGCGGGGGCCUUCAGAGACCUCUUCAACCUCACCACGCUGCAGCUGGACCACAACAACCUCACCACCCUGGCGGGGGACACCUUCCACAACCUCCUCAGCCUAGAGGUGCUGGGCCUGGCUGGGAACCGCCUGCAGGCGCUGCCCGAGGGGAUCUUUGACUCCAACGACUACCUGUUCGGCGUGGCCCUGAAGGACAACCCCUGGGUGUGCGACUGCCGGCUGGCCUCUCUCGCCGGCUGGAUCCGGAACUGGUCUGCGCCCCUGAACUCUCAGACCUUCUGCACAAGCCCUGACCACCUGAAGGGAUGGGCACUCCCGGCUUUACCUCAAGAGCAGCUGGUGUGUCUGGCUGCUCCGGGCCCGGCAGACUCCUCCUUGUCCCCGGGAGAGGCAGAGACAGCCCGGGCCCCAUGCACCUACAAUGACCCUGAAGGCACCGUGCAGCUCGCCUGUGACACAGCCGCAUGCCACCGGUUAACAGUUCAUCUCCCUCCACAAGGGGACUCGACUGGCCGGGGACUGGCCUACAAUCGCAACUGGGUCUUGAAUUCCAGCUGUGGCAUGGUGAGGGUCUGGGUCACCAUCCGUGCAGAGCCAGGAGGGACGGCAAGGGAGGAAGAGGCUGGUUCUCACAACCCCUGUUCUGAGCCUUAGACCGAAGCUCUCCCCAGGGGCUGGUGCCAUUAAAAGUCACAACCGGAGUGAUGGGUUGUUAUUGUUCGUCUCGUUUAUCCCCUGCUCUGUGCGCCAGGCAUUGUUACGGGUU